CCUUCAUUUUAUAUAUUAACUCUCUUCCCUUUCGAUUUGAUCUCACCGCUCUCCAGAUCUGAUGGCACCCACCGGCGAGAAACCACUCAUCGUCAGCUUCGGCGAGAUGCUCAUCGACUUCGUCCCCACCGAGUCCGGCGUCUCGCUCGCCGAGGCACCAGGCUUCCUCAAAGCACCCGGCGGCGCUCCCGCCAACGUCGCCAUCGCCGUCUCCCGUCUCGGCGGACGAUCCGCCUUCGUCGGAAAGCUCGGCGACGACGAGUUCGGCCACAUGUUGGCCGGGAUCCUGAGGAAGAACGGCGUCGCGGAUCAGGGGAUCAACUUCGAUACGGGAGCUAGAACGGCGUUGGCGUUCGUGACGUUGAAGGCCGAUGGAGAUCGGGAGUUUAUGUUUUAUCGGAAUCCUAGCGCCGAUAUGCUUCUCCGUCCUGAUGAACUUAACCUCGAACUCAUCAGAUCCGCUAAAGUGUUUCACUAUGGAUCAAUAAGCUUAAUAGUGGAGCCAUGUAGGUCGGCUCACUUGAAGGCAAUGGAAGUGGCCAAAGAAGCCGGUGCUCUUCUUUCCUACGACCCUAACCUCAGGGAGCCUCUUUGGCCAUCAAAGGAAGAAGCCAAGACACAGAUCAUGAGCAUCUGGGACAAGGCUGAGAUCAUCAAGGUAAGCGACGUUGAACUUGAGUUUCUAACUGGAAGCAACAAGAUCGAUGAUGAGACCGCAAUGUCCUUGUGGCAUCCCAACUUGAAGCUUUUGCUUGUCACUCUCGGUGAAAAGGGUUGCCGGUAUUACGCCAAGAACUUCCGUGGAUCCGUUGACCCUUUCCAUGUGAACGCCGUGGAUACAACUGGAGCUGGAGAUUCCUUUGUUGGUGCCCUCCUAAACAAGAUUGCCGAGGAUCAAUCCAUUCUAGAGAACGAAGAGAGAUUGAGAAAGGUGCUAAGAUUUGCAAAUGCUUGUGGAGCAAUCACCACAACCAAGAAAGGAGCCAUUCCAGCUCUUCCUUCAGAAGCUGAGGUUCUCAGCUUUCUUGAAAAGAAAUAAAAAGACAAAACAAGUAAAGCUUUCUGCACGUAAUCUGUUUCCGCUUUUGUAUUCUUGUUUAAACAAGUUGGGCACCCUACUCUGUUUUUGUUUCCCUCUUCUUCAAAUGUAACGAUUUAAAGUGACGUAUGUUUCAAAUUCAAGGCAUCACUUGCCAAUAAAGAGAAAAGUUUUUCUUUACCAAGUUUAAGCCUAACACGUAUAGAUAAGUUACAUAUGCG